AUGACUACCCCCAUUGAUGUGAGGAUCCGUGAUCUUCUAGAUGCAGAUGUAGUUUCAGUUGAACAAGUGGCCUCCAUUGCGGAUAGUUUGAGAGAUGAAGUUGUUAGAGGAAGUGCAGCAGUGAACGAUUCCUUAGUGGAGAUUUGUGCAAAGACUGCAACUUUGAUUCAACAAUAUUUCGAUACUGGAGAUGAUUCAAUAGUUAUGGAGAUGUUUAGAUUAUUGAUUAAUGCUCUGGCUAAUAAUGAGCAAAAUCGUAAUACUCUUACCAACGACAUUUCUUCUGAAUUCUGGUCUUUUGUGGUGAAGAUUGUAUCUACAGCUUCAUUAGAAAAAGUUCGUCAAAGAGUGUUGAUCUUCCUUGUACAAUUUGUAAGAAAUACUAAGAAGGCCGCUGUACAUGCUGGCUUGUUCUUGUCCAUUAAAUUGGAUAGAGCUUUGUUACUGCUGAUGACCGAGGAGUAUAAGAGUAAGAAUACCGGAAAUGAACACAAAGAAGAAGUAGAAGAAGAAGAGAUUAAUGAAGACUUAUUGGAGUUUGAAUUGGAGCUUGUUCUGGAACUUGUGGUGAUCUCUAAUGAGUCCAAUCCUCUAGAACUGGACAUUCUCUUGUUGAUAUCUUUGUUCAAAUACGUUACUGAUGAAGAUUUACUCCAAACGCUUUCUACAUGUGUUGCUGCCAUUACCAAGGUAGAUGACUUGCCAGGGUUGGGUCCAACCGCCCUUGUAGAGAUACUCUCCCUUAUGGGUACGUUGGAGAAGCCAGCACCUUAUGUGAGUAGAAUGCUUUUCGGGGCUGUGGGACAAAUCUCAUCCAUGCCAAGUUUUGAUAAUUGGAUCGUGUCACAAUUAGCCAUUGAUACGGUUUCACAAAAGGGGAAUCCUUACCAAGUUGCCACUGCAUCGAUUAUUCUUGGGAAUUGUGUCGAUAGCAAUGAGUCAAGAGAUAAGUUGAUUAUUCAAAUCUGUAAAACCAUCUCCAUAGAAACUUGGAUUAAUUCCUUUAUCACUCUCAAGUAUAAUGAUAUUGUCCAAUAUCAAGGAUUACAUCUUCUCAAUCAUAUUUUGAUCCCUGAGAUUGCACACAUUUUGUUUAAAAGCCAAGAGAAUUAUCAAGGAAUACUUCAAAUCACCAAGGCUAUUUUAGAUAAUAAGGACUAUUAUGAAGGGGUGUACAAUUUAUUGAAUACAUUUCUCAAAAAACUUAUUGGUAGGGCCUUUGUUGACACUGAUUAUGAUGCCUUGGACCUCUAUAGUUAUAAAGAAUUAUGGACAUUGAUUUCCGACCAAAAUCCAUUGAUGGUUGCCUUGGCUCAAGCAGCCAUUUUACGUGAAGAUAUUGUUUUGCAAGUUACUAGAAAUAAAGAUCAUUUACAAUUCUCGCAACUUUUGGUUACUAAUGUUGUCGAAAUAAGCGAAGGAAAAACGAUUAAAUUAGAAGAUUUAUUGAAUAAGAUUCAAACUCUUGCAAUGUUAUACCAAAUGGUGCCAAGGUCGGAACUCUGUGCUCACGUGUUCCCGGGUGACUCGGUGCAGGACCGCUUCGAUGUCCCCUUAUUAAAAUUUCUUGAAGAUUUACAACAAGCAUUGAGUCAAACAUCGGAUGCACCAACUCCACAAAUGUUAACCAAUAAUGCCAAGUAUAUUGCAGCUGCCACCACAAAGUAUUACGAAGAACCGCAACAAACCCCCGAUGUAGAAGAAGAAAUAGGGGGUUGGUCAUAUGGACAAGUGUUAAAUGUCUGCAACCGGAUAUUAAAGAAUUGAAAAAAGUUCGAGGGGAGAGGCUCAAGAAACGGGAAAUCGCGGUAUAUUUCGGUUUAACUGCAACUCCGAUGAGCGGUUUGCUUGGUUUUUUUAUUUUUUUUUUUUUUUUUUCCAUCUAAAUAAUUUCUUUUUGUACCCUAACCUAUACACGAUGGGAAUGGUUAUAGAUUAUAUAAACUACCAUAUAGGUACUUUACUAUUUCCGCC